GCCGGACUGAUCCGCUCGAGUCCUGGUCGUCGACACCAAGGUCGGUGCAGAUCGCUUGAGGGGCAUUAGCUAUCGACACUGGCACUGGCCUAUCGACACACGGGAAUCGGUAUCGACACACGGGAAUCAAUAUCAACAUCGAUAUCGGCAUCGACGUCGCCACCACCAACACCAGCGUCGACGUCCACCUCUCCUGAUCCGCCUCAGACACCGUCCGCUUCUCCGGCUCAUCCGAAAUGGCCUCGACCAAGCCCAGGAUCCCCAUCAACCAGGACCAAAAGUCCAUCAAAAAGGCGCUCGACAAUCUGCUGGCCCAGCCCGCCAACAAGACCUGCUUCGACUGUCCGCAGCGCUUCCCGACCUUUGCCAACCUCACCAUCGGCUCGUUUGUCUGCGCUCGCUGCUCGGGCCUGCUCAGAGAGUUCAACCACAGGGUCAAGUCGUUCACGGCCUCGUCGUUCACCAAAGAGGAUCUCCAGCUCCUCAGCGGCGGCAACGAUGCUGCGGCCACCUACUGGCUUGCAAGCUGGACACCGCAGGCCUAUCCUGUUCCGUCCAUCCAUGACGACCAGUCCAUCAAGCAGUUCAUGAUCGUCAAGUACUCGACCAGGCGGUACUACAAGUCCUCUGUCAAUUCCGCACCUGCAGCGACCGCUGUAUCGACCCCGCCAACUUCGGCCCCAGGAACACCCAAUCUGUUCAUGAACCCGUCCCUUGGCUCGUCGCUGCCACCACCGGCCUCGCGAGCCAACUCGGUCCCGGCUGGACAGUCGUUCUUCCAGUCUCCGGCCCCGGCCCCUGCUUUGGUUGAUCUGUUUUCUUCCCAGCCUUCGGCUUUAUCGGCACCCACAUCGUCCUCGACUCUCUCCUUCAACCAUCCGUUUGGCACACCCGCCGCCAGCGAGCUUGGCUCCACCCCCGCUCCCGCCCCUGCCGACGAUGACGACUUUGGCGACUUUCAAACAGGCAGCGUUACCGAUGCUCCGGCGGCAUCAAAGCCCACGACAGAUUUCGACCUCAUCGGCCGCACGCCGUCCACCAAUCAGUCGCCGCCGGCUUUUGGAUACCCAAGAUCCUCUCCACAGGCGACGCCUGCGUCCCUGCCAGUCACUGCCAACCCCUUGGUCAUGAGCCGAACGCCUUCUGAGCAGGCGGCACUCUAUCAAAAUCAACGCCACUCCCUGAUCCAGUCGCUCCUGUCGACCAUGUCGGGGUCCGUCUCGGAGAGCAACGGCAAAAGCAACAGCAGCAACAGCAACAGCCACAGCAGCGCCGCUGGCUUUGCGGACUUUGCGGCUUUCAAUUCCUCCGGCCCAUCCCGGACCAGCAAUACCGGCUCGAACAUCGCUGGUCCAGGCCAUAGCCAUGCCCAGAGUGCCGCGGUGGCCCCUUUGAUCCCAUCCGACGCCUCGAUCCCUUCCGGCUCGCUGGGCUUCUAUUCGACCCCGACUCCUCUGGCCGCCAACGGCACCGGCACCGGCCGAAUCCAGGGAACUGGACAAGCAAAUCAGGGAUUUGCCAACUUUGGCGCUGCUGCGCUCUCCAGCACUCCCAUGACUCCAGUGGCCUCUCCGCCGCCUUUUGUUGCUAGCUUCUCGAAGGCGCCGGCCUCUGCAGCCGCGGCAACAGCCCCAGCAACAGCCCCUGCCGCUAGCUCCAAGGAUGACCCAUACUCUGCAUUUCGGGAGCUGUCGCUGCGAGAUCAGGUCCAGCUGGACGGACAUGGACACGGGUUCUAUGUCGACGACAAGGCGAACAAACUGGCACAAGAGGCCAAAAACGACAUGCAUUUCCAAGGCCUCUUCAACAUGGCCAAGGCAUCCACCCCAAGCAAGCCCAAGACAACGGCCCUCCCCGGAAGCCAGAGCUUCCCCGGACUGGCCCCGAAGCCCGCCAACGGCGGCUUCGACGACCUGUUUGAUUUCGCCGGCCCAACCGUGCAGCCGGCCAACACCUCGUCGGCAUUGGCGUCGACGUCUAUGAGCAAGCCCAGCGGGGGCGUUGACGAUCUGCUGGGUCUCUUUUAGCUCCGAGGGCUGCAAAACACGAUGAAGAUCUGGGCAUCGUCCUCGAGGCGAACCGCCUUGUCCUUUGAUGCACAUGGGAACCGCCUUGGAUACUCGGGGCGCAUGGGGGCAUCCGCCCGAUUUGGCAGCUGCCUGCCCGAUUCGGCGGCCUGGUCGGGGGAACCGCAUCGCCCACACGCGCUCCCUGGCAAGAGACUGAGACCCUGGCGCCCAAAGGCACGACGAUCAGACCAGAGCAGACCGGACCAGAUCAGAGCAGACCAGACCAGGCUGGAUCCAUGCGUGGGAGGGUGUCGACGAUACAUUGCGAUGGACAUUGCGAUGGACAUGGCGAUGGACAUGGCCGCGGCGUUUGUCUCAAGUUGCAUAUCCUUGCUGGACGACGCGCCCGCAUCAACGACACCGAAUGGUCAAAAAACCAGGGUGUCCCGUUUCUUACUGC